AUAAUACUAUAAUUAUUAUAGAGUAAAUAAAUAAAUAAAUAUAGGAAAUUGAAUUUAAAAUAAAACCAAACAAAUAGAAAGAAAAAGAAAAUGCGUUCAUUUGUAUUUGGAAGUGUUUGCUUUUUUGGAAUUUUAAGUAUUUGUGUGGCACAAUUUCCAAAUGGAAGAUUUUUGGAACCACCAGUACCACAAUUAUGUGCACAAAGAAUUGUUCAUGAAAGAACUCCAGAUGGAAAAGGAUAUUUUUUCUCAUGGAGGGAUCCACAAUUACGUGGUGUUGAAGAAGAUUGGUUAGGUGCUAGAAAUUUCUGUAGAAAACGUUGUAUGGAUUCCGUUUCACUUGAGACAAGUAACGAAAAUGAAUGGGUAAAAGCACGUCUUGUUAAUGAAAAUCAAAAAUAUAUUUGGACAAGCGGCCGUUUAUGUGAUUUCAAAGGAUGUGAACGUCCAGAUUUACAACCAACAUCAAUAAAUGGAUGGUUUUGGACAGCAACAUUACAAAAAUUAGCACCGACAACUGAUCGUGUACAAGGUGAUUGGUCACCAUCUGGUGGUAUUGGUUUACCACAACCAGAUAAUCGUGAAUUUAAACAAAAUGGUGCACCAGAAAAUUGUUUAGCAUUAUUAAAUCAAUUUUAUAAUGAUGGUGUUAAUUGGCAUGAUGUAGCAUGUCAUCAUCGUAAACCAUUUGUAUGUGAAGAGAAUGAUGCACUCCUAAAAUAUGUCCGGUACACAAAUCCAAAUUUACGUAUUUAAAUACAAAAAAAAUAUUAUAUUAUAAUUAUUUAAGUACGUAAUAUAAAAUUUAAGAAUUCGCGCAUGAAAGUUAAAUAAAAUGUAAAUUUUUUUUCUCUAUAUUAUUUUUCAAUUAUAUUAUUAAUGGAAAAAGAAAAAUUGAAAAAUUUGAAUUUUCAUUAGCAACAAUAAAAAAUUAAACUUUAUUUUUUCUAUUUCUUUUUUGUUUUGUUAUUAAAUUUUAAAAAUUGUAAUACCAAAAAUAUUAAAAAGCAAACGAUUGG